UGUUUGCUCGCUCGUACACGAAGACUAGCGUCCGAAUUCGCAACCUCUCUCUUGCUCAAAAACUGUCAGCUGAUGGCUAUUCAAUACAGCAUGUUUGACCAUACAACGCUAAACGCCUUCGCAGUCUAAAAUUAUCGUUCCCCAAAGCAGGCAAGCGCGGCAAUGCAUCGUCUAACAGUCGAAUCCGAUCCCAAUGGCAAGGUGGACCAAAGUGUUAACUCAGUGGAAGUGAUGCAUAGUCACGAGAACAGCAGGAACCUGAAGCAAACGGUGCAGCGAUGGAUCAGUUCCGAACGGUUGUGUUAUUCCAUCGAGUUGAUUCCGAAAGAAGAUUUCGUGCUGGACUUGAGUCGCCUCCAGCCGAAACCGUUGUUCUGUUCCUUGCCAUGGAUUUCUGAUAACAACCUUCAGUAUCGCCGUUUCGUCGACACACCUAUGAUGAAAAUGACAGCCAAGAUCGUGCCUCACUGCACUGUGAUGAACCAUCUGUCCUGUUACAACAUCACCGAGGCACAGGUGGAUAAGUUUGUAGAAAUGGGCAACUGGAAUCUGUUCGUGAUUCGAGGCGAUACCGUAAGCGAGUCGCAAAGAUUUCAGCACUCUGCCGAUCUAGUCGAAUAUCUGCGGUCCAAAAAUAAUCCCGACCUGUGCAUUGCCGUUGGUGGUUAUCCAUAUGUGCACCCAGAGUCGCCAUCGCUGGAAUCUGACGUCCUGUAUCUUAAGAAGAAGGUCGACCUCGGAGUAGAAUUUAUCGUCACACAAACCGUGUACGAUGUGGCCUCCUUCUUCAGCUACGUGGACGCGUGCCGCAAAGCCGGCAUCACGGUGCCCAUCGUGCCGGGAAUAUUUCUACCUCACUCCUACCAGCAGCUCGAAACCGUGCUCGGUCUGACGCGUGUGAACCCGCCCCGGGAGGUGCAGGAGCUGCUGCACAGCCACGCCCACGAUGAACCGGACCAGUUCGAAGCCUUCGUAGUGAAACACUUCGUCGAGCUGGUGCGAACCCUCCGGACGGAAAGGCCGGAGGAAGUUAAGCUGGUGCACUUUUUCACCUUCAAUCGGUUGGAUUUGCUCAAGAAGAUAUUGAAUGAGAUUAUGGACUUGUUUUAGCGACCGUUGGUAUGAUAUUUAAAAGAUUUUCAAACAAACAAAAAAAAUAUAAAUAAGUAAAUAAAUUAACUACAGGAAAAUUCGGUAGUUUUAGCUCGGAAAAAUUGGAAUGUCAUCCGACUUCUGACACAUUGUUCCAUUUUUGUUUUAUUAUUAAGGGGACAAUUUGAGUUUUUUCUGCAUUGGUGCCUUCCAAACGAGAUAACAUAAGGGUAUUAUGAAUAAACCAAGGAUUUUCCUCACUUU